AUGGAACGAGAGCCACAUAACCAAUCCGAAGAAGAAAAGAAACCGACAGGGCCAAUGGCUGCUGAGGGAGGACACCACUCCUCAUCGUCUUCUGGCACUACAAUGGUAGCCGGUGUGGCCGAGGAGAGCGUUAGCAGGAGAACAACAGGGCCAUCACAAACUAAGAGGUCUUUACUACUACGAAUAAAGCUCUUGAAACAGCUUGGGAUUAACGAUAUCCAGGAGAUAGAUGUAUGUGAUGCGAACCUGGUGGACCGGUUCCUAAGCAUACGAUUGGUCAAUGACACGAAAGAGCUGGAGAAGAUACGUGAUUCAAAUCUCACCAAACUAAACCAGAUUAUUGAUAAAUGUGUGGAGAGCGACAACAUCAGCGAUCCUACACUGAACAAGAUUCUUGACAUGACCAUAAGCAGAGAGAUCAACAAUGACAACAGUAACCACCUCACGGUACCGUCGCCGACAAUGACGAAGAAACGGAAGGCGGGGGCAUCCGAACUGGCCAGUCCCCGAGGCCACAGAAGGUAUAGAUCGGACAUACCCACUGUAUCAGAAGUGGAUGCGGGUGUCGGAUACCCACAAAUGCAUCAGCAACCGGGCGCAUACACGCUGCCGGUGCCUGCAAACCAGUGGAUGGGGAACCCAUAUAUGCAACCCCCACAACAAUUGCAGGCGCUCCCUCCACAGUACCUAUAUCCGCCGGGUAUGGGACCGCAACCCCCGCUGCCCACGAUGAAUUCAAACCCCGAGUCCCAGACACCCGUGAUGAGCUCGCAAUAUCUCUCUUUAAACCAGCAUGGCCUUUACCAACAAAAUAUGAGGGCGCACCCCCUCAUGAAUAUGGGCCCCCAAGCAAAUAUAUAUGGCCAGCAGCAGCCACAACAGCCGCAGCCUGCACAUGAACGCGACCCUUCAAGAAAAAGUUCCACUCAUAGAAGAUCACAAAGCGCCAACAUUUCCAUGGCGAACUUCCGGUCACCCAUGCGGAAUUCUCAACACGGUUCCUCUCAAAGACCCGUUAAUUUUUUAAUUCAUACCCCGAAACAUCCUCCCCCCACGUGA